AUGGCGGACAGCAGAGGGCACUCUGCCAUACCUUCCUGGGAUGGCUCUGCUCGGACAUGGCGUAGAUACACUCGAGAGGUGGCUUGGUUUGUGCAGGCCACACCGGUGCACAAGAGGCGCUACUGUGCGUCGAAGCUUCUUAGCAGGCUGAGUGGACCAGCCCGGCUCUUGGCCAUGAGUUGGUCGAAGAUGGCCUUUGACUCCGUGGACGGCACGAAGUUGUUCCUGCAGAGGCUGGCCGCAAGUCCACUGGUGCGGCGGAGCCUUCCGAAUGCAGAAUGUGACGAGUCCAUUGGCAACUUUCUUGUGAGGGAAACGUUGGUCCAUGAAGAGUUCGUGGAGGCCCUGAUCCGACUUCACGAAGAGAAGCUUGGUAUAUCUCAAGAGUCUCGUGACUUCGGUCUUCCCACGGAAUCGGACUUGGACUGGGAAGACGGAUGGCAAGGCUGGUGGCGCGGCGAACGUGGAUGGUAUGAUGACGACUACCAGGACGAGAACAUUGCUGAUGCUGACCUUCCUGACGACUCGCCGCCAGAUGAUCGUGAUCCUCCUGCACCUGCUCUAGAUCCUAAUGUAUCUACAGGUGACGGACGACCUCUUCAAGGUGCAACAGGAUCCUCUCCUAGCCACCGACCUGGUGAUACCCAGUCACAAGAGGGAGUUCGAGGUGAACGUUCUCAUCCUCAUGAUGUUCCUUUGGAUGAGAUGACGCUUGCGGACUCCUUCAUUCUUGAUGUACUUCGAGGAUGGCGACUACUACAAGCAGCUGGGCUCAGUGCCGAAGAGAAGCGUGACAUACUGAGCACUACUAAGAACAGCUUGGACUACUCUGUGAUCUCGGCAGCGCUUCAGAGCCUGUGGGAUGACCAGCUACUUGGACAAAGAGGUUCUACUGGGAGCGGUGGACACUACCAGGAGAACGACGAGUGGUCGUGGCACGAUGAUGGCUGGUGGUAUGAUGACUACUACCACGACGUUGGCGAAUUCGAUCGUGGCCUUGGUGCAGUGCUCUCCUCUGGUGGCAGUGGCAAGUGCUUUAAUUGUGGCGGAAACCACUUUGCUCGAGAUUGCCCUGACCGUCAACAUCCCAGCUUUGGCAAGGGCAAGAGCAAGGGCAAGUUCCGUUCCUACAUGGCCGACUCCGACGACUACUACAUGAACUACAACCACAAGGGCAAGUCCAAGAAGGGAAUGGCUGUCGAGGCCAAUGCUGCUUGGAAGGGUAAGGGCAAAGGCAAGAUGAGGGGCAAGGACUCCCAUCGCUCUGUCAAUGCCUACGCCUCCGACGUCAUGGGCAACCUCUUCAUUGGUGGACUCGAGGUCUCUGAAGCGUUGGGCAUGUCUGCCUCUCAGGGGCCUGAAAGGUCCGAGUCUGUAACAGGCAUGCUUGAUUCGGGUGCCACAGCCUCAGCAGCGCCAGAGGCGGUGGUGAAAGGCCUCAUAGAUGCUGUUUUGUCUCGUGACCCUGGAGCCCGCAUUGACAUUCAGACAUACGCCAGGCCUUACUUCAGAUUUGGGGAUGGCAAGUGGGGAAGGUCAUUGGGAAGAACUUGCAUAACCAGUAGCGUCUCUGGAAGUCCUCGACAAUUUUCGUUGUAUACCUUACCCAAUCCUUCGGAGUACUACAGCAGCAACUUUGAUAAAGCUUCCUUGGUCCCAAUUCUCAUUGGCAUGGAUUUCCUUGGCGAUAUGGGAGUCGGCAUGGUGAUAGACUUUGCCACUGGUCUUGCUCUCAAUUCUAAAGAACAACAACCGGAGAUCUACAAGCUCCCCACAAACAAGAAGGGUCACUUCGUCCUUGACAUUGUGCAGUACCUAACUAAGGGCCAAUGCACUGGUACCGGCCAAGCACAAGUGGUAGUCAGUUGUACCCCACCAACUACAACCACGGCAUUGGACCACCAAGUCUUGGAGCUUAAGACGGUCUGGUUUGAUAUGACAGCUUGUGAUGCCGAUUUGGAUGAGCAUCAACUGCAGGAGUCUCGCGAUAGACUAUGGCAAGUUUAUAGAGCGUCAUUGGCAUUGAGCACCUCUGCGGACGUUUCAGCUCAGAUGACUAGCGCAGUCAACUCUGUAGUGAUCCCAUCAACUUCCCCUACUCGAUCCCUCGGAGAUGUCACGGUCUCAGCAGACUCCCGAGCAGGGGGAGAUCCUCCGCAACAUCAGGUCGCAGACACGGCCCCGUCCCAAGGCAGCGCCUCUGGACAUCCCUCGUCGAGUUGCUGCGGAUCCUCGCGACCCAAGGAUGAGCAGCUCCCAGUGGCCAUGUUUCGGACACCACACCCCAGGAAGGGCAGCACAGCCGCUCAUACCAAGUGCGAGAAUCCAGAGAUGAUUCGAAGGGUGUUGGAGCAGCUGCGACCUGAUGGGCCAAGUGCGGCCCACACAUCGCAUUGUUGUGGCGAUGCAGCGGAAGGUGGAGGCCGACGAGAGUCUCCAGCACCUGAUCCAGGCGCAGACUUCGGCUACGACCACGACAUCCACGACGAGAACCGCGGCAGCCCCGGAAACUCCUUCGACCACGACCCCGGGAUACCAGACAAGCACGGGCACUCCUUCGGACACGAGCUGGUCAGCAGUGAGAACUGCAUCAUUGGCGCAGACCCCAGUGGCACUUCCUCUCCCAUGGGCAAGAAAGUGAUGGCCUUUGCCACUCUUAUGUUCACCCUGGCCACCAAUGUGAUCCUUGGAUUGUCCUUAGACGAUCGUGAUGGUCUCUGGGAAGUGGCCUGUGCACCGCACUCUUGGUUGAGUGAGGCGGCCGAACAACACCAUCUCCAUCCUCGACGUAUCAACUUGGCCAGUGGAUACGACUUGUAUCAGCAGGAGACCUGGGAUGAACUUCGGCGCCUCCGUCGGAAGCACCGGCCUAAGCGAAUAUGGUUCAGCCUCCCGUGCACUAAGUGGAGUCCCUUCACAUCGCUCAACUUCCAGACCUUGGAAGAGAAAGCCAUUUUGGAAACCGCUCGCCGACGGGAGCGUCGGAUGCUGCGCUACGUGGUGAACUUCGUGAAGGAAACGCUGGACGAGGACGACGCCGCCCAGCUCUACUACGAGUGGCCUAUUCCAUGCUUUGGUUGGCGGCAGGCUCCAUUGCUGGACCUUGCUUCACCCCUCCAACUGCGUGGACUUCCCUGGCUGGACUGCCGAGUCGAUGGGUGCAACUAUGGCCUUAAGGACUCGUCCGGCACUGGCUUUCUGAGAAAGAAGUGGCUCAUCAAAACUACGGAUGAGAAGUUCCAUCAAGCCUUUCGCACCAAGGUAUGUCCGGGGCAUCAUCAACAUACCGUCGUCGAAGGCAACGAGACGGCACGCUCCUCCUACUACCCUUGGCGCAUGGUCCAGGCCAUAGCCCGUCACUGGCGUGAUCAAGAAGUUCCCCGGAAACAUGUGCACCUCCUGUCUCAACGAGAAGAUGUGGCCCUUCCUGAGGAGGACUGCGCGAUGGAUCCCGAGUCCUGCUCUUCCUCAGGUGAUGGUCCAACAAGCUUUCUGGAAGGCGACGUCCUCAAUGAAGAUCAAGCUGCGCUGGUGCACCUAGAAGAAGAGGAGGAGCAUGAGACCUGCGUUGCCACGUCACAAGAUGACACUUGGUCGGCCUUCAUCGACUUGGUUAACAGGAGCAUCAGUCAACGCUUGUAUGGGUUCCAUGAUUGUGAGAAAGUUGUCCUUGCUGCGUACCAAGCUCAAGUGUAUCAUCCUGCUGCACAUCAGCGAUGGCGCAAGGACCAACCACAAGCUCUCCUCCUUGGUGCCUUCUCACAUGGAGCCUUCUCAGGAGUAAGCUGGAGGACGUACAAGUACGAGGCGCUCACCAGGUACCUCAACGGCUUUCUACGACAUCAAGCACCACACCGCACCUGGUCGAGCCUGAUGCUCUCCUUCAAUAGUCCUGCCCUACCUCAUCGAGACUAUCAUAAUGAGCGGAACAGCUCGAACAUGUUGAUGUGUUUCGGCAGCUACACUGGCGGCGCGCUGUGGCUAAAUGAACCUGCUCCCCAAGACCAUCCUCUAUGUCGCUGGAAAACUCCUGAUGGGCGGCUUCGAGAGGGUUGGAUAGCCAAUGCUCACCACCGAGUGGUGACUUUAAUCCACGAGCUUGGCAUGCCUCACAAAGCUGGACUGGAUUCAGGAUUGCCCUUUCGGCGUACACCACGCGCCUCGCCGGAAGUCUCGCUCCUGGAGACCAAAAACAACUUCGAAUCCUUGACUUCCCCAUGGAUGGAGGAGUUCGAUCGAUGGACUGCCCAGGUUGCCAAGUACCACCGUGCAGCGGGGCAUCCUACGAAUCGAAACUUAGCUCGCAUUGUGAAGGACGCCGGCCAUCCAGAGUGGUGCCCUGCUUCAACUUCGCCUAUGUAUCGAGCGUGGCAAGCUGUCGGUGUGGACUCUGGCGAAUGGGUGGUUCCCAAUCAGAAGCGAAAGGUCAAGCUCAUCCUGUUCGUGGAUGCUGCGACAAAAUUGAGAGUAGUCCAUCCCUUGUGCAUGUGCGAUCUGUUAGAAAUGCGCACGGAGAAGGCCCAGGAUGUUAUCCAAUCGUUUUCGGGGAGAUGGCUAGGAAGCUAUCCAAAGCCUGAGUUCCUCCUGAUGGACUCCGCGAAGACGUUCAUCUCCGAUGCCCUCCACGACUUUGCCUCCAGCGUCAACAUCAUGAUCCACUACACGGCGGAAAAGGAGAGCUGGGCACAUGGCAUCGUGGAAGCGGCCGUUCAGGAUUUGAAAACCACUGCUUCAGCGAUUCAGCUGGAAGCCCGCGACCAAGAUCCCAUGAUCACCCUCCAUCUUGCAACCUCGGCCUUGAAUGCCGCGGAGUACACCGCUGGAUAUUCGGCUCAUCAAUGGGCUUUUGGGAAGACAUUCAGCCUAUCCGAGGAGGAUGUCCGCACAUUCCUCAAUGUGGAGCCCCAAGUCGACUAUGCGAGGUUGGUCACUGCACGCCAGGAAGCAGAGCUUGUUGCUCAGCGUACCCGGUCCAAGCGGGUUCUGACAAGGCUGGCGAAUUCUACGGUUCGUCAACCACUACGAACUUUCUCUGAGUUUGAUUUGGUGAAGAUCUGGCGCCGUGUAUGGCCAAAGGAACAGUUUGUCGGUCCUCGCGGCGGCGUGCGCAAAUCGGGUCGACCACAUUGGGUCGGGCCGGGCCGCGUGAUCUUCAGCGAAAUACUGCCUCAGCAAACGGCCGGGGACUCCCGAAGACAUGUGGUGUGGGUUCUUGUGGGAAGCCAAUUGUUCCGCUGUUCGGUACAUUCUGUCCGACCAGUGACGGAGACUGAGAAGUUCCAGUACGAGUCCACAUCUACCGAGGACCCAUCCAAAUGGACGUCCUUAGCUGACAUCCUUCCCCGCAAGGAGUACUUUGACGUCACCGACCAGCAGCCGGAUGAGGACGAGAAAGAAUUUCCUGAUUUACCACCAGCGCCUGACUCCUCCACUAUGACGACGCCUCCAACCCGACGGGUGAGGACAAAAACCCAACCUACUCCACCAACCGUGGCUGAAGGCCAUGAAGACUCCGAAGCAGAUCCUCCGCGUGAUCCUGGCCAUCAGGCUUCUUCCUCCAAGCAUCCCGCGUCAGUCAAUGACUACGACAAUCCGGCCAACAAGAAGCUCAAGUCUGAGCAUCUCAACUGGGUGGAGCUGCUUGAAGCUGAAGCACAUCAAGAAGCUCAAGAGUUCGAUAUCUUCACGGCCAUGGAUGAAACCAAGGAGUUCCUCCGAAUCGAGAUGGACAUUGAUGGUACUAUGUCCAACCGUCAGCGGAAGGCCUUCGAGAGGAACCCCGUGUUGUUUCUCGUCAAAAAGAUGAAGGACUCUGCGGUCUCCAUUAGCAAGCUUUCAGAGGCUGAACGGCGGCUUUUCACCCAUGCCAAGGCCAAAGAGGUCGACAGCUUUAUAAAGAAUGAGGCAGUGCGCAAAUGCCUCAACAACGAGGAAGUGAAGUCUGCCUAUGAGUCGAAGGCGAGGAUAGUUCUGCUCGGAUUCCAACAUCCGAAUCUUCUUGAUCCCUCGUUCAAAACCUCAUCGCCAGUUCAGAGUUCUUUGGGAAGACACCUCCUUUACCUGAUGGCGGCGCCGAAGCAAUGGAAGCUGGAGGGCCUUGAUCUUGCCACGGCUUUUCUCCAGACGCAGCCUACCGCUGCGGACGAACAGCUGUGGACAAGCGGUGUUCAAGAGCUUCGCGAUGCGCUUGGCAUUGGCGAAGAGGGGAUCAUGAGAAUCCUCCGAAUAUCUACGGUUCGACAACCGCUCCCCGUGGACUUUGGCUGGACCUUCAUAAGACCUUUCUCAAGCUUGGUGCUCAACCCGUACUUGGAGAACGCCUAUGGGUCUGGCUGUCGCCACGUGGACGACUUUCACCGAACUGGUGACGACUCGGACGAGUGGCUGGACAUUAAGCGCGGCAUCGACACCGCCUAUAAAUGGGGCAUGCUCAAGACUGGUUCCUACCGACACGCGGGCACGGACGUGUCGACCGAGAAGGACGUGCACGGCUAUGACAAGAUUGUGGUGGACCAGUCGUACUACAUCGAAGGGAUGUCCGAUGUGAACAUCUCCCCAGACCGACUUCGUGGCGAGGAGAAUCUCACCGGCAAGGAUAUCGAGGCCUGUCGCACCACCCUGGGUGCUCUUCAAUGGAUUGCUGUUCAGACUCAGCCGCUUCUGUGUGCCCGUUGUAACCUGCUACUGACGGAGCUGGUCACCGCCGGAACCAUGGCGACGGCCCGAGAGAUCCAGCAACUGGUCAGCGAGACCAGACAGGAGCCCUUCAAGCUGGAGUUCUGUAAGCUCAAGGAGGUCAAACAUUGGAGCCAGGUCAUCUUCAUCAGUAUGGGAGACCAAACUCACGGGAAUAGACCUCGUGGAGAUAGCACCGGCGGAUUUCUUACUUUGGCUGCAGGUCCAGAAUGCCUCACCGGCCAGUUCUGCCCGAUGGUCCUUUUAUCGUGGCGAACCUGGAAACUUAAACGUAAGGCAAUUGGGUCGAAUGAUGCUGAAGUGCAAUCUAUCCUUGAAGCCGAAGAUCAUAAUUUUCGGACGAGGCUCCUCUGGUCGGAACUUCAUGGAGCUGGAGGACGCCGCGAUGGACAUCCUCAACGAGCCGAUCUUGUGGCGUUGAUGCAGGUCAGCCGCAUCAAGGGCGUUCUCUGCACCGAUUCUCGUGGUGGAUAUGACGCCGUCGAGAUCAACGAGAGCCCAUUGCUGGGGCUGAGCAACAUGCGUGCAGCUCUCCAGGCGUUCCAACUUCGAGACAACCUUCAAAGGACUGGAAGCCUCCUACGUUGGGUUGCCUCUGACUACGACCUGGCGGACGCCCUCACGAAGAAAAGAGCUGACUGUCGUCUUGGUCUUCUCAAGUACCUUCGUACUCGGCUUUGGAGCAUCAGGUACGAUCCCUCCUUCACUUCGGCAAAGAAAGCCAAGAAGCAGGGCAAGAGUGCGAUCGAGGCCAUCGACGAGUUCAUUCAGGGCGACCCUCGUGGACUGCGGCAUCGCUGA